AUGAGAAGCAGAGUUGCAAGUAAACUGAAAUGUCAGUUGGAAAAUUCAUUUUUCGAACUAGAUGAUGAACUAAGAGCAGCGGGACCAAGAAAAACAAGCGGAGCUGCAGCUACGCUUGCUCAAGUUGAGAUUCUGAAUAUCUUUCGUCAAUUGGAUGCACACGGGAAUAUUCGCGCUAUUCGAUUUCUCUACGAAGCGAAACAACGCACUGAUACACCGGAGAAUCGUUCGCUCGAUCUUUCAACGGCAGAACUUAGUGAUAUUGAUUUCCGUGAAGCAUCGAUCGAUAAAAGAAUAUUGAAUGAUUUAUUAUUGACCGAUGUUUUUCUAUCGAAUGCUACGUUUAUAGGCAUCAAGAUGGCACAUGUUAAUUUUGCUCUUGCUCAGUUGAACACAGCUAAUUUUUCAUCUGCUGGCUUCAAUAAUACUAGCUUUGCAUCCACUCCUCUUUCUAAUACCAUUUUCGCUGACGCUACAUUUAAAAAUGUUAAUUUUUCAUCUAAAAAUAUUCGCGGUGUCAAUUUUACGCGUAGUACCCUCGUCCAUGUCGAUUUCUCAUUCUCUAUGCUUUACAAUGUUGACUUUUCAUCCGCUUCGCUUACUAAUGUCAAUUUUUCACACGCGCAACUCAUUAAUGCCAAAUUUCCAUCUGCGACCCUCAAGGGUGCUGAUUUUUCAAACGCUCAGCUCACGAAUCUCAAUUUUACAUCCACUAAUCUAAUUUUAUCCGAUUUCUUUCAUGCCAACGUAUCUAAUACGAAUUUUCGCCAAUCCAGUUGUGUUGCAUCUAAAUUCAAUUAUGCUUCACUAUCUUAUUGUAACUUUUGGUAUUCAAAUCUUAAGUACGCUGUAUUUCACGAGGCCUAUUUGAAUCAAGCUAAUUUUUCUCGUGCCAACCUUUAUAAGAGUGAUUUUACUAGUACCAAUAUUAUGGAGAGUGAACUGAAAGAUGCUCUCUCUACUGAAGAUGCUGUAAUAUCAAAUGGAACAAUUGUUCAUGAUGAGAACUUGAUCAACGAGGGUCAAACUGACUAUAGUAUUUCUCAUAUUAAUGGUUGGACACUGAGCAAUGGUAAUGUCACUCCGGUCAUAUCUAACAAGAGUGGCUCGAAUUGUCAGGUCACCUUACAAUCACUCUAUUGGAGCUACUGUGUACCAACGUGCCAGUUUAUCAGAUAA